UUGAAACUUAUCCUCUCAAAUAUUUGCUGUUUUCUUGCCACAGACAGACGAUUUGAACGCCAAAUAACUUUCUUAACAUAAAAUUAUAUGUUGUCCCACCACAUGACUCAAAAUUAAGGUCCGAUCCUUCCUCAUAAGUGUAAAUAAUGGAGGGAAAUAUUGAGGCAUUUGACCACCAUGGAUUUCAACUUUCCCCACCAAGUUCUUCACGUUUUCCGACACCGCCCUCGUCAAGCACCUGCAGCCCACCCAGUCCCUUGGCCGAUUCUGUGGCCCUGAUGACUGUUGCAUCGCCUUCCUGUGUUUGCUCAUCUCCUAAACUAAAUGGAAGAACAAGAAGAAAGCCAAGAGUGGUAAAUAGGAAAAAGGAUUUGACCAGCAGCACUGAAAAGGUUUGGGGAGUCUUGCUGGAUGGAUGGAAAGGUAACAACACAAACAGUAAACAAAAUGGGAAGCUUGAAAGCCUUCUGUCUAAAGGUGUCCCAACCUCUGUCCGGCCAACCCUGUGGAAAACUCUGCUAGAAAGUGAAACGUUAGCUACGGCAUCGAAGUUUGACUAUAAAUCGAAUGUGGUGGCGCUGCGGGAACAGCUGGUCGAUUGUGGUCUCAGCGAGUAUGGUGGGAAAAAGAUACUGAUGGCACUGAAUCAGAUGUCGUUCGAGAAGGAUACAGAGCUGCUGAACAAGGGGAUGAUACCAAUCAGGUACAUCAGGCAGAUCAUGGCGGACUUGGAUCGAACCUAUCCAACGCACCGCAUGUUCAUGGGCGACCGACCUGAAGCAAAGGAGGGGAGGGCGUCUUUGUUCAGGGUGCUGGCUGUGUAUGUCAGAUACAACAAACAAGUGGGAUACUGCCAAGGAAUGUCCUACAUUGCUGGCAUGCUCUUGAUGUUGAUGGGAGAGGAAGAUACCUUCUGGUGUAUCGUGUCACUAUUAGAACGCCACAAAUAUCUCCUGGGUUAUUUUGAUACCAAAUUGACAAGGAUCCACAUGCAUGGCCACAUCUUCAGCAGACUACUACGUAAAAGGCAUCCACGACUUGCCAAACAUUUUCAUAACCUAGAAAUCGAAGUCCUGAUGUUCAUAACACCUUGGUUCAUGUCCCUGUUCACCUGUUUGUCCUGUUGGGACAUGGUCCUGGCUAUCUGGGACAUGCUUAUUAUCAAAGGUUUCACCAGCAUCUUUCAAGUGUCUCUUGCGAUCAUCUCGCUAUGCGAGGAGGAACUUCUCGAGAAAACGGAAAUGUCUACUCUUUUGCCAAUCCUUCUUCAUCUACCACACAACAUAGUUGCCCACAAGACGCUACUCCCUGUGAUUCAAGCGACUGUGGUUGAGAAGUGGGAGAUUGAUGGACUCCAGGCCGUCAUUGAGGAAGAGAUCUCAUUGGCUAGGACCAUGAAGAAAAGGAGACGACCAGAGCGGGAGAAUGCAGUUCCUCAGGAACAGGAUUGCCGAGCGAAGAGGCAGAAAACUGCCAAUGACUCAUCCAACCAAGGCCUGUUUGGCAAGCUAGUCAAUAUGUUCUCCUGGACAGGCACCGAGGAGCCCCCGAAGAGGGCCACACGACACCGGCCUAUUGUUCAGAGUAAAAGCCGCGUACCAGGCAAAGUGAGGAAGGCAACUGCCCUUGGAUACCCGUUUCAAGGCCACAUUUCUCCUUGUCAAGAAGCUCGAGAAAAGAGGAAUAAAUUUGGUGAACAUGCCAUCCCACCUCGCCGAAGCCCAAGACUUGCGCUCAUCACGCUGUCAAAUCCAAACGCCGGCCAGGCCACGGACCGUCUCGUGGGAGAAUCGGCCAAAACUCGAUUUGUCUUCAAGGGGUUCGCCACUCCAACUCCUCUCAGGCAGUCCCAGAAGAUGUAUGCAUCACCAGCUUUCGUUUCUAGUCCUGAGGUUGAAUUGAAACCGAUGACCAGAAAAUAGGAUUUGUGGUCUUUGUGUAGUUGAUGUGAUUCUGGUGAAGUUGGCCGUGUUUAUGUAGAACACAAAAUGGUCAUAAAAUGUGUGCAAGAUCUUACUCAACGAUGGUAUCAAAUUCGUGAGAUGCAAUUGAUGGAUGGCCCGUGUAUGAUAAAGUGUUUCUGGGAAAAGCAAACAUUCUUUAAUGAUUUUGUUAUUUCUAUCUCUAGUCCUGAUUGUAGUAGGUAUGAAUUGAAUCAUGAAAUUGGUUUCAUGUUUUGAGCAAAAUAAGGUUGAAAUCUGUUGUGUCUUUUUAAAACUGUUUUUUGGCCUUACGGGUUGGUAUCAUAGAAUGAUAAACAGUUGAAUGAUAAUACUCUCAUGUAUCAUGGAUUGUGUUCAUGGUAAAUUAGGAGUACCACGACUUAAUAAAAACUAGUCUCUUGGUACCGAUACUUAUAAUAUGCAAAUAUUGUACAUGUAGCAAUUUUACUUUUGAAUAAUGCAAUAAAUACUGUGAUAUACUUCAAA